AUGGCUACCAUCACCCUCUCGAGGCCCAUUACCCCCCACAGCUCAUCCUCCAACCUCACUCUCGACAGCAGGGACUCACGAGAUCCGACGCCAUGUCCAUCUCCCGUGCCCAAUAAACACAUUCCCAUCUGCCCGCCCGGUCCCAUACCACGUGAGGGGCCGACAACGCCGCCGCCGUCCCCUCCCAGCGAGCACCACCAGGUCCAGAAAUCGCUGCUGUACCCUCCCGACCGGUAUCGCUGCCUUGCCAUGGGCCAGCUGGCCAUAUACAUGUUGAGUGCCGCUGAUAUUGCUGCUGCGGUUCACUACCAUGCCCAGCAGCCGCUUCCCGACCCAUCGCAGGUCUUCCCCUGGCUGCACGGCUUGCAUCCUUCCAACCAUCUCCAGCAAGCGUUUGUGAAUGCCAGGCGACGGUCGACGAGGAAGACUCCCGCAUGCCUUCGAGGCAUAACUAUUGUCAAGGCAGACGGCGAUCUGUCUGUGGCCCGGCUCAAGGGAGCCGUCGCUCCCCACGAAAUCCUCCUCAUGGGCGCGGGCGUCGCCGACUUCCUCGAUCUCGACCCCAAGGAGGGCUUCUCGGCCCGUAAUUUCCAUAUCCAGACGGCCAAGAUGGCCACCACAUCCGAUAUCAUCGUCUACGGCGCCGACGACGUCGCCGUGCGCAAACUUGCGUGGGAGAUCGCCGUGGCCCAGAUGCGCUGGCGCGAGGAGCACAACGACCCUCAUCAUCCCCUCCCCCGCUACAACACCUUCAUCUGCGUCAGCCCCUGGUCCGAGUUCGAAAUGUACCACCCCGAGCUCAUCGCUGUCAACUCCCUAGGCAACCCGACCGGCCGUGUCUUCGACUUUGCCCACCAAGAACGCCGCGAGAUGUACGAGAUGGCGCGCGCGUCUGAGAUUUCUCAUAACGUCUGGCUUGGCCCCACCCCCGAGCACGGCUCCCCGGACCAGCACGGCUAUGCUCUUCUCAUCGAGUGCAGCGACAUCGGCCGGCUGAACCCCAAGAACUUGGAGUACAUAUUCGGCAUGAUCGCCAAGGGAUCUCUGAAGGUUCAGUACCAAGCCGACUUCCCCUCCUCCGGCAGCCUCUUAGUCUCGAACAGCGUCUCCGGCGAGUUUGAUGCGUUCAUCGAAUCCCUCAAAUGGAUCAUGGAAAUCGCCAACCUCGGCCACAAAGUCCUGAUCCAUUGUGCAGACGGGUACACCGAGUCAACCUUGCUCGCCGUCGCCUAUCAUGCUUACAGCACCGGGACCCCGGUCUACGAUUCCUGGCUUACCCUGCACACCCAGCUCGGCCGCAACAUGUUUGCCUACCCCACCGACGCCUUCCUGCUCUCCUUCCUGGGCUCCCGUCUACUCAGAGAAUCCCCCGUUACCGCGAGUCUCGAGCGCCCCAUCCCAGUGGUGUACGAUGAACCGGCCUGGUUCGUCCAAUUCGACGGGUCCUUCCCGAGUCGUAUCACAGAUUACAUGUAUCUUGGCAACCUGGGGCACGCCAACAACCCGGAGCUGCUGCGCAAGCUGGGGAUCGGGCAGAUCCUGAGCGUGGGCGAGAGUGUUGAAUGGAGCGCAGAGACCUUGCGGGAAUGGGGCCCGGAAAAUACGUGUCUGAUUCAGGGCGUGCAGGAUAAUGGGAUGGAUGCUCUCGACGAGAUGUUUGAGCGGUGCUUGUGGUUUAUUGACCGCGGUCGCAAAUCCGGAAAAGCAACCCUCGUACACUGCCGCGUGGGCGUCUCGCGCAGCGCAACGAUCUGCAUCGCCGAAGUGAUGCGGAGCAUGCGCCUAUCAUUCCCGCGGGCAUACUGCUUUGUGCGAGCCCGCCGACUGAACGUCAUUAUCCAACCUAACCUGCGGUUUACGUAUGAACUGCUGAAGUGGGAGGAGAAGUUGAAGCUUAAGUCGAACUUCGGCGCUUCUGCUUCCAUUAAUGGGGAGAUGGAUUGUGAUGGUUACGGUGACUGUUCGGGAAGUGAUUGCUCCGGAGACAGCGAUUGUUCCCAGGAAGGGGGUUUUAAGAGGGAGAUGGAGUGGGCCGAGAUUGCCCGCGAGAUUGCCGCGCUGAAUAAGCCGUACGCGAGAAACGGCGCUUGA